AUGACAUCAGGGGACGAGUCACACAGUCCCGCCGCGUACCUAUCACAGGUGGAAGAACUACCAACGUCAACUGAUGAACCGGAAGAAAUCACAAUCGAAGAUAAGAUUAAUAGCAUAGAGAGAAGAAUUUGUUCGCACAAACCAUAG